AUUGUGGCAACACUGCUCCGACAAGACACAACACAAAUUUGCUAUUUUCUUUCACUUUUAAACAAAGGAAAGAAAGAAAUUGUUGACAAACUAAAUCAAGGUUUGUCUGUAGACAAAAUUGAUGUGUGGCCAGUGUAUUUCAGUUUUAUUGUUGGUUGAUUUUGUUACCUGAGCAAAGGAAAAGGACAAUAUCAAAUCCCGUUCUUUUAACAACCAACACCAAGAUAAUCGACAGAGAAUUUAGAGCAGCUGGAAAGGAAGAACAAUAAAAUCAUGGAUAGACCCAACUACAGUAUAGUCAAUGGAAAGGCUUUCACUGAGGACAAUGUAUUGGUGUACAACAUCUUUGUCUACAACAUUCCACACAAGACCACAGAGCGCCAAAUAUUGGAUUAUUUCAAGAAAUUUGGGGAAAUAAAAAACGUGCGCUUGAUAAAUGAUAGGAAACGCAAAAACAUCCAUCAGGCCCACAAAAUUGGCUUCGUUAAUUUCGUGGAUCCAACUGUUGCAGCCAAGGUCUUACAAGACACCAAUCAUUGCAUUAACAAAAAAAGAAUACGCGUGCGUGCCUGCGACAGCUGGCAUCAACCCGAUGCCCAGGCACACUCGACCAAAGAUGCCAGUGGCGAAGAUGUGGAUACGAAAAACUCCUCCAAGGACAGUAUCGAUGAGUCUAUUUCUAUACUUAAUCUAAACGACGACUGUUUAGAGUUGAUAUUUAAACAUUUACCCAUGAAGGACAAAAUACAAUUGGCCCGUUCGUGUAGUCGCCUACGAAACAUCUUUGAGAUGCAUUCGAAAAUCGAAUACAAGCGCUUCGCUUUAUGUGAUUUGGAUAAUUUGACGCUGUGGCAAACUCGACAAUUUCUUGAAAUGGCUGGACCACAAAUCGAGAGAUUGGAUGGUCAGGUUCCCUAUAAACAGGUUAAUCGCAUUAUGGAAUUUUUGGGUCUAUUCUGUACGAAUGUGAAAACGGUAUGUAUAGAUGGCAAUCAUUUGAAGCCGUCUAUACUGCGUAAACUGCUGAGAAAAAUGACAAAUGUUGAAACAUUGGAACUCAACGAUACUGAGUUGUGUGAUUCCUCGAUACCGGUGCUAAAGAAUUUGCCAGGCUUGAAAUCACUUUCGUUAAAUGAGAAUUGUGAAUUAACAGGGAAAUACAUAAAGGAGCUGAAGACCAUAUCAAGUUUAAGUUUAAAUGGCUGUAGACGCUUGACAUCUCAUCAUUUAUUGAAAAUAUGCGAAAGUCUUACUGAACUCCAUAACCUGGAACUGCUCGAUUGUCCUCUACAGCGUACAUUGGACUUCAGUGAACUGGUCAAACAUUUAAGCAACCUGGAAACUUUGAAAAUAAAUACUUCAUAUUCGAAACAAAGCCAGCUGGUGGCAACGUUGCCCAAACUGAAACAUUUGACAUUGUUCUCGGAAAUUGAUAUACCAGCUAGUUUCUUUGAAGAACUGGUCAAACAUCAGAGCCAUCAAUUGGAAUCUUUGUUUGUGGAGGCCAGAAAUUGGAUAAAUUUGGAGAAAGCAACAAAAAUCUCCGAGCUAAAGAAACUGAAACGUCUUUCGUGUCAAGACAAUGAACUGCUCAACAAUGAAUGUUUGGAGAAGUUGGCAGUGCUUUCGCAGCUGGAGGAGUUAAAUAUUAGAAACUGUUCGAACUUUAGUGAAAGGGUUCUAUUGGACCUAAUUAAAUCUUGUCCCAAAUUGCACACUUUGGACAUACGCAAUUGUAAACACCUGAAAGAGUCAUUUGCCAAUGAUCUGCUAAAGCUAUUGAAGGCCGAACAAACACAAUGCAGUGAAAGAAAACCGCUUUGUAUUUUCGCCUGUCGUUCUGGCAUUGAUGCUCAUUCGAUUGCCAACGAAGAUUUCAAAUCAUCGGUCGAUUUGUUGAAACUCAAAUUCGACUUUCAGUUCAGUGAUUUGGAAGAUAUCAUGUACGAGACGGACCACGACGACUACGAUGAUUAUUACGAUUACGAAAACGAAGAUAUGGACUUUUUGGGUAUGCUGGACGAUGAUGAUGAUGAUUAUUAUAUGUACUUUUCGGAUAACGACGAUGCAGAUGAGGACGAGAUGGACUUUAAUUUGUUACGUGAAGCGUUAUACCGCAAUUUUCGUUAUGGAGGAGAUGCCUUUUUUUAAAAGGGAAUUUUCACCACAAAUAUAUACCUAAUUAAUUUUAAUGACAUUCAGUUCUAGAUAUUAUCUUUAAAUGCCACAGAAUGCUUGAAGCAGUGUUACAUUGAAGGCAUCGUUCAUUUUUUUUAUUCUUAUUUGUUUGUUUGCCCAUCACUCCAGGGAGAAGGAGGAGAAGGAUAUUACAACUACAAGACUCAUCGUUGUCGUAUUUAAAACGAUAAAGAAAUUGUUGAGAUAAUUUCUUUUACGUUUAUUGCUUUUACGUUUUUAUCUUCGUCACCAUAUCUAUCGAUGGUAUACCAUGUUUUUGUAUUUUCAUUUUUUUUUAAAUAAAUAUCAUAUUAUAAAAUUA